GUACGCUUCCGGGAUAUCACCAAGUUUCGACACGGUGGUUGAGGUUUUGAUUUGAACCACUCAGAAGUUACUCUAUAGUAUAGCAUCAAAUCAUUGUUACUUUGAUGUAUAGAAUUUUAAACGUUUGUAAUAUAAAUCAUAUAGGAAUCCUAUGACCGGAUCUAACCAAAUUAAGACUAGCCGAUUAUCGCAGUUUCGCUCGAAUAUCUUUCAUUACGCAUCGCAUGAAAACGCUUUCCAUAUUUCCUGCAACAUUGUGUGUAUCCUACAGUCCAAACUCGGAUUCUUGCUAGACACCAAAACAAAACCAUUUGAAAAGAAGGCCGUGCAUAGAAUUCCGAGUGUACAUUUAGCCUAGCUAGUUUAGGAGAAAAUAGUGGUUUACCUGGAAUACGCCAACCACCAACCAAUUUCUGUUUUGGGAGAGCACGUCAAGCUACCAAAGUAUUUCAUGGAUUUUCUGUGUUUCAGGACACUGUGCUGUAAAGGACCACCGUCUCCCAGACCAGAGUAUGACCUGGUGUGUAUUGGACUCACAGGCUCGGGGAAGACCAGUCUACUCUCCAGACUCUGCAGUGAAGCCACAGACAACAUCGGGCCAACUACGGGUUUUAGCAUCAAAGCUGUUCCAUUCCAGAAUGCCAUUCUAAAUGUGAAGGAACUUGGAGGAGCAGACUCGAUAAAGAAGUACUGGUCGCGGUACUACCAGGGUUCCCAGGGAGUGGUGUUCAUCCUGGACAGCGCCUCCACAGACGAGGACCUGGAGUUGGCCCGCACUGAGCUCCACUCUGCCCUGCAGCACCCCCAGCUCUGCACCCUGCCCUUCCUCAUACUGGCCAACCACCAGGACAAACCUGCCGCUCGCACUACACAGGAGAUAAAGAAGUAUUUUGAGCUGGAGCCUCUGGCCCGAGGGAAGAGCUGGAUUCUAGAAGGCAGCUCAGUGGACAACAUGGAUGCCGUGAAACAGAGCUUCACUCAGCUCAUUGAGCUGCUGGAGGACAAGGACCAAGACACAAGCAGGAUAUGAGCUGGGACCUAAACUAUUGGGAACUACAAAUCCCACAGGACCUGCUGAGCCACAAGAACUACAAACCACACAGGUCCCACAGGACCUGCUGAGUCACAGGGAACUACAAAUCCCACUUGGGUCGACAGUUAGACCCCACAGGAGCCACAUCCGAGCUACAAAGCCCAUGGGAGGGCAUACCACACAGGCAGGCCAUACCACACAGGCAGGCCAUACCACACAGGCAAGCCAUACCACACAGGCAAGCCAUACCACACAGGCAGUCCAUACCACACAGGCAAGCCAUACCACACAGGCAGUCCAUACCACACAGGCAGUCCAUACCACACAGGCAGGCCAUACCACACAGGCAGGCCAUACCACACAGGCAGGCCAUACCACACAGGCAGGCCAUACCACACAGGCAGGCCAUACCACACAGGCAGGCCAUACCACACAGGCAGGCCAUACCACACAGGCAGCCCAUACCACACAGGCAGGCCAUACCACACAGGCAGGCCAUACCACACAGGCAGUCCAUACCACACAGGCAGGCCAUACCACACAGGCAGGCCAUACCACACAGGCAGGCCAUACCACACAGGCAGGCCAUACCACACAGGCAGGCCAUACCACACAGGCAGGCCAUACCACACAGGCAGGCCAUACCACACAGGCAGUCCAUACCACACAGGCAGUCCAUACCACAAUGGAGCAACCUGAUCACAGAGGAACCAUAGAACAUGGAGUCAUUCCCCUCCGCAGAGAAUCUAUGGGCCGCCAGGGUUGUAAUGGUUAGAGAGGUAAAAGACUACCAGCUCUCAAACGGUAGAGACCUGGUGGACUGACUCCCUGAAAAGUAGUGCUGAGUGAUUAACUGAAAUGUCGGUUUAUUUUUGUUUUUUAAAAUAACGAAUCGGUCAACGUCAGUUCAAUUAUUUGAAUACCUUUUACUUCGUUGUUUUUCUGUGCGCUCAACGUGCCAUUUCUCUAGAGAGAUUUCUCUCUGGGGUAGGUUGUUCAACUCAUCAUACAGUAGUUACGUACAUAAAACGUGUUAAUUAAUACAAUGACCAGAAUCCAUUGUGCCUACAGCUGCCUGUUCUCAUUGGUUCUUGCUGGACAAGCCUGUGGGCGGAGAUGAGAUGAUGACUUGGUAUAAAAUAAUAAGUCACCACGUAUAUAUUGUUUUAUAUACAGUUGAAGUCGGAAGAUUACAUACACUUUAGCCAAAUAAAUUUAAACUCAGUUUUUCACAAUUCCUGACAUUUAAUCCUAGUAAAAAUUCCCUGUCUUAGGUCAGUUAGG